AUGCAAAAAUUGUUCAAUCCAUCAAACAGCUUAACCCCAUCAUUCAGCAUCGACGACUGCAAGAAAUAUUUUUACAACAUACUCCACGACCCAUUUCACAACAAGUUUCGCCUUUCGAACUGGGUUCCAACAUUGCAACAACCAACAAUUCCAUGCAACAUUGACCCCCCAACAUACCACGAAAUGGCAACAGUCAUUAGAAAAUGCAAACUUAGAGCAUCCCCCUGUCCGCUCGAUCAAAUCUCAAUAAUUGUCUUCAAAAAAUGCCCUAUGCUGCGCACAAUCCUUCACCAAUUAAUAGUCGAAUGCUGGAGUCUUCAAUCACUAAUAUAUGACUACUUCACUUCAAACUAUGGCACGUUGGAAACAAAAACAAUUUCAUCUGUUGAUCAGAACAAGCCUAUUUGUAAAAAGCUGUUUAACCCAUCAAAUAGUUCGCUACCUUUGUUCAACGUUGUAGAAUGUGAAAAAUUCUUCAAAAAUAUUUUAAAUUAUGAGCCCACCAAAAAGUUUCGUUUGCCAAAUUGGAUCCACACUCUGCCGGAUCCAUCAUUUCUAUGCUCUGUUCACACCCCAACAUUCAUCAUCAAUCAUUCGCAAAUGCAAGUCAAGUCAAACUCCUUAGAUUAA